AUGUAAACUAUGAUCAAAAAUUAAUAAAAUGAUGGGACUGGAUUUGAUAAUGAAUUCUUUGAUUUUUCAAUAAAAAGUUUAUUUUGGAAUAAAUAGAUGAAAUCCUUAAUAUUCAUAUGGUUGCUAUCAAACUAUUAUUAUCUAUUGUAUAUUUUUAGGCUAAUGUUAAAUUAUUACAAUAAGAAAUGA